UGACAAGUAGUUAGUUAACUUUCGAUUAAAGUCGCUCAUUCGCCACCGCAACUAGAUCGAACGGAUUGCUAGCCGCGGUCGUAAUUGCCUGAAUUGUCGCUCACACGCACAACCGGUCCACGUGUACGGCCACUGGCCAGCAUCGCUAGCAAUGGUCUGCCAGCACCCAAUUUCAAGCACGCUAACCAUCCUGCUCAUGUUCAACAUUUUACAUUUGGGUGAUACUCUCGACUGCUUCCAGUGUAACUCGCACCUUCAAGUGGGAUGCUCUCCGCUUGAUCGGAACCUCUUCCAACCCACCACUUGCCCUAGUGCCGCAGUUUCCUGUGAUAUACUUGAACAAAAGGCACCAUUCUUUCCCGACCCGACCACUAAUCGGACGAUGGAAACUCGAAUUUUGCGAUUCUGCAGUCCAGUGGAGGAUGCACAUAAUGGCUGUUACGAUCGAUUGGGAGCAAGCAAGGUGAAUAUGCGAUACUGCUCGUGUACUGGCGAUGGGUGCAAUCCGGCCUUGCGUGUGCGUUCCCGAUUCGCAGGGCUGUUCACUACACUCUUGCUGUUCCUCACUUGUUGGAUUAUUUAAGUGCAAUCGCCUGAUUUAUGGUCCAUGCUCCUCCCAGUUUCGCACUGUUUCCAAGACGAGCGUUUGUAGUUGUUGGCACCGAGAUCCCCCCACCCAAAUUAUUCAUUCCAAUAUUCUUACUUAGCUCCACAUUGACCCUGAUAAUCACAGAGUAGCAUCCAAAUUUUGCACCAGAAUACAGACAGCCCAUGGUAGCCAUGCCUUAACGAAUAAAUGUUUUUUUACACGAA